UCAGCUUUAUCUGUGACCAUUUUAAUGCGCUUAAAAACUGGUCGCUCAGCACGCUUUGAAUGGUUUCACUUUCUUUUAUCUCGCACGUUAUUCUUGUCUGCAUAGUUUCACUUUACUUUGUCCUGAACACUAUUUUAGUGAAUAAUAGCCUGUGUCUUCAUUCUAUCAUCAUCUCUAACAGUUUGGGGCUUGUCCUAAGAUAUCUCUGCCUAGACGAAAAGGAGGGGUGCCAAAACAACCGACUUUGCUCUUGAGAUGGGUGGAGCAAAUGGAAAACAGUGGGUAAUGCUUGUGGCUGGUUCAAACACAUGGGACAAUUACAGGCACCAGGCAGAUGUGUGUCACGCCUAUCAGAUAGUACAUCAGAAUGGGAUUCCUGACGAGCAGAUUGUGGUGAUGAUGUAUGAUGACAUUGCUUAUAAUAAAAAAAACCCUUAUCCUGGAAACAUAAUCAAUAAACCAAACGGACCGAAUGUGUACCCAGGGGUUCUGAAAGACUACACUGGAGAGGAUGUAACACCUGGAAACUUCCUGGCUGCUCUCAAAGGAGACAGCAGUGCCGUGAAAAAGACAAAUCCAAAAGUCAUUGCAAGUGGAGGAUAUGACACAAUAUUCAUCUAUCUGUCAGAUCAUGGAGGUCCAAGCACGUUUAGUUUUCCUAACGGCACUCUUUAUGCCCAUGAUCUCAUUGAAACAAUCAAGGAAAUGGCAAGAAAUAACAAGUUCUCAAAGAUGGUGAUAUACAUGGAAUCCUGUUUUUCCGGAUCGAUGCUCGCCACACUCCCCGACAAUGUUCAUGUGUACGCAGUGACUGCAGCGAGAGCAGAUGAGAGCAGUUAUGCCUGUUUUCUUGACCCUGUGAGGAAGACCUUUCUCUCUGAUAAAUUCUCAGCUCUUUGGAUGCACUACAUUCAAGUGAAUGACCUUAAUAAGAAAACAUUCCGGGAUCAGUUUAGUUAUCUUCAGGAAAAGAUGAGGAGAUCUCACUCCUGCCGUUUUGGGGACAUGACAGUGGGUGAGCAUCUGAUGAGUGUGUUUGUGAAUAACACCCCUCAAAGAGUUCAGGACGAGACAAGAGCCGAGGGGCUUGCAUUAACUCAUUUGACCUCUAACCAUGAAGUACCAUUCAAAAUCUUGGAGCACCGAAUUAAAACAGAAACUGAUGAAGACAAAAGACAACAUCUGAUCAGAAAACAUGCAGCUCUUCAUCAGACUAAAGCUAGAAUUGAAGGAACAGUUAAAGCUAUCAGUCAGCACUUUCCUGGCUUUGAACACGGGGGUGAUUUGGAUGAAGAUUAUUCUCAGAUGGAUUUACAUGCGUUCAAGACUGUAGCUGAGCAUUUCAGGACAACCUGCUUUGACUGGCACGAGGAAGAGUUUCAGAUGGCCUUGUCACACACGCAUGUAUUUGCUCGUCUCUGUGCACGUGGAGCUGAAGCAGAGAGAAUCAUAAAGGUCAUAACAGCAGUCUCCAGGAAAAAGAGACUCCUACAGUACUGACAACAUCCUUAAGAAGAGCUUAUGAAAUUAUAUCAAUCUCAUCCUUAUAAUAUAUGAAACUGAUGAAAGUUGCUCGUAGAUAAUAACUUAAAAGUAGAAUGUGCAAUCUGACAUCUGUGUCAAAACUGAGUUAUUCACAUAUUCUUAUUAUGUGUCUUAUUUACAAUGUGAUGUUUUUUCUUCAUGCUGUGUACACGUGUUUGAAAACAAGAAGGUUCUACAGUAUCUAUAAAGUCCAAUGGAAUGCAAAAACUCUGAAGCUGAAUAUCUCUAAACUGCUCAGAAUGCAGAUCUAAGCGUGUAAAUCCAGGGUGGUGAUAUAGCUGGUGCCGUACCUUUUGUUCACUUUUGGCUUUCAGAAGUGUUCAUCUACCAAACUCUGAACACAUUCAAAGGAUAAAUGAUGUCUACCAGUGCUGCUUUAAGGGAUCGUUCACCCAAAAAAUGAAAAGUAUUUUAUUAUUUAUUCACUCUCGUGUCAUAGACAUUUCUCAACAUAUCUUUGUUUGUGUUUUGUAAAAGAGAGUCAGGUUUUGAACCACACAGAAAUAUGAGAAUCAUUUCCCAUAGCAGCUUGAUCAGGAUGUUUGGCUAUGCUUCAACAACAGGAAUUACUAAUAAUUAAGCAAUCCAGGUGAGGGACAUCUGAGUUUACUCAAUACAUAUGUGUACAGAGACUUAUCAUGGUGCCCUAAGAGGCUAGAAACUGAAAGUAAGUGAUUUAUGAGAAGUGCUCGUGAUAUUUGAAAUUGAUACCCAAACAAACACUACAAAAACACGUCUCUUUAUUGCUCCGGCUGCCCUCAAAAUAACAAACAUGCUAUGCAACACAGGCAUGACAUGGAUGUCUUUAUCAUAGCUAAGGCAAAUAAUGCAAAUGAGCAAACAAAUGUAGAAACGACAUGAGUACAGGUAUAUGCAAGCAUCAGCAGCUUCAGAAAACCAAUGACACUCAAAACUGCUCUGUUACUACAUCUAAAGCAGGGGUCUCAAACUCGCGGCCCGGGGGCCAAUUGAGGCCCGCGGGAUGAUAUUUUGUGGCCCCCCUACUUGACAUCAAAGUUUAGUGUUGGUGCGGCCCGCAAGUUGUUCUCAAACGCACCUUUUUGCUGAGUCUUGCCGCGCUUUUAUUUUUAAUUUUUUAUCACUUACAGUGUUUCCCCUACCAUUAUUUAUUAAACAAACUAAUUAGCCUUGUUAUGUUAUUUAUCUUAUUUACACGACGGCGUGCCAUUUCUGUCUCUACGUAGGCCGCAUUUACACUGUAUGGUUCAAGUGACCCAAUUCCGAUUUUUUCCUCCCAUGUGGCACAGAUCGGAUAUGGCCCACGACCGUGUAAGCAGGAAAAAAUCACAUGGAUUCCGAUAUUCUCCGAUCGGUUUCAGGCCUCAUUCAUAUGUGGAAAUAAAUCAGAUUUGAAUCGGGUCCGUGCACUUGCGCCUGCCGUGUAAGCGGUCAGAUCGGAUAUUCCCCUGUAAACGCGACUCCUACGUCAUUGAAAAGUGAGGUUUUUGAAACAUUUCGCGGUACAGACAUACCUGUAAAAAAAUGAAACAUCUCUAGUUGAGUAGCAGAGUAUUAAUUUCGUUCGUCUGUGUUAAAUAAAAGAUGAUCUGACGCUGAAAUAUGCAGUUGUUGUCAGUUUCGACGGCUCGUGCUCAGACGAGCGCUUCAGUCCCGUUCGUUCCACUGAAACCACGAAAUUAAAUGCACACAAACAUGUCCCUGCCUUUGAUAUACAAUCACUGAUGAACGCAUUUAGUUUUAAUUACUAAAAAAACACAGACGAUGUGACAUGCUUAAUAUCUACCACCUGAGUAUUAUUCCACUCGGAGCUGCGUACAUCACUGUCCUGAAGAAUUUGUACUAGGAUAUAUAAUUAUUUUGAUGUAGAUGUAACUAUUGCAUUAAAAACAUUUCUAUAUGAAUUCCAUGUCAAUAAAUUAAACUUAA